AUGCAUCCGGACAACCAACGGCUAAUAUUUGCCCUUGGGUACUCCGUCGUUGUCCGGGACCUCAAAUGUAGCUCAGAAACGUUUCUAUGUGGGCAUGAUAACCGCGUUACCUGCAUCGCCGUAAGCAAAGAUGGGAAGUAUCUCGCCAGCGGGCAGAUGACGCACCCAGGGUUUGUGGCGGACAUCAUUAUUUGGAGCCUCGAAGAGUUAGUAGAGCUGGGAAGACUCAGCUUUCAUAAGGUCUCAGUUGAGUGCCUCGACUUCUCCUGUGACGGCAAGUUCCUGGCCAGUUUGGGCGGGGAGAGCUGUAACACCCUGGUAUUGUGGAGCGUUGAGGAAAGGAAGGCCCUUUGCGGAACAGCGGCUGCCCUAGACACGUCGAAAUGCUUGGCAUUUUACAACAACUCGCCGAACAUGCUUGUCUCUGCUGGAGCCUCCCAUGUUCGCAUUUGGGAGAUCGAUGCUGCUACAAAAAAGAUGACACCGAGAGAUUGCAACCUUGGUAAAAUCCGCAGGACUUGCAACUCACUUGUUCUUCAUCCUGCUGAUGAAUUUGUCUACUGCGGGACUCAAUCUGGGGAUAUCCUAGAAAUAUCGCUACGAACAGGGCUUUUUAAACGAAGUGGGCCCCCCAAGCGGCAGCUUGAGGCAGGAGUUACUGCAAUGGCUCUCAUACGUAGCCAGCUCUUUGCAGGCACUGAAGACGGCCAGCUGCUUCGCCUGGGUACAGAUAGGCUGUCUCCGGCCAGCUUAUGCCAGGUUUCUGGAGCGAUUACUUCUCUCGUUGCAGCUCCUGACAGUUCCAUGCUUUGGGUUGCUACGUCAGCGAAUAACCUCUACAGAAUAGACACUCGGACACUUACUCCUCAUCUCAAGCACUCUGCGCACGUUGGAAGCAUAAAUCAAGUGACAUUUCCAGAAGACUGUUCUCAAGUGCUGGCCACUUGCUCAGCGUCAGACGUGAGAAUAUGGGACAUGAAGACCUACAAAGAAAUGUUAAGAAUUCAGCUUCCCGGCGUGGAGUGUUUGUGCGUGGCUUUCGCUCCGGAUGGCUCCUCCAUAAUAUCCGGGUGGAAAGAUGGGAGAAUUCGGGCCUUUACCCCAGAAACAGGAAGAAUGCUCUUUUGCAUUGAGCAAGCCCAUAAGGAUGGAGUCACAGCAAUCGCAGCGACCCGAGUGGGCAGGCGUUUGGUUUCAGGCGGCCUCUCAGGCCAGUUUAGGGUGUGGGAUGUCCAUAGCCAGUCUCAGGAGAUGCUGGCUAGCAAGAAGGAACACCGUGGACGGAUCUGCAGCUUAAAACUCCGUCGAAAUGACAUGCAUGUAGGUUUGAUAAGGAUCUUCGAGGCAAUAGAGCAAACUCAGCUGUGGCGGGCAAAAUGUGACGACGUCGACACAAUAACGUAUACAGGUUUGCCUUACUUUCCAGGUGGCAUGUCCAUUCAGGCGCUCACAGCUGCUGAGGACGGCACAAUAAUUGUGUGGGACAUGGCAACAUACACUUCUAUUCUGUCAAUCAAUGAAAGUACAAUCUUCCGAAGUGCGACGUACUGUGCUGAUGAAGUUCACAUCGUGGCAACAGGCAGUGAUCGAAAGGUGCACUACUUCGAUGCCCUAGAUGGUACAAAAAUCAGAGACUUCGAGGUCGCAGACGAAGGGGAUGUUCACUGCAUUACCUACCAUACGAAAGCUAGUUUAGUCUGUACAGGCGGGGAUGAUCGCUUCCUUCGACUUUGGGAGUACGAGUCUGGCGACUGCAUUGCGCAGGCCCGUUGGCAUGCGGAUACUGUGCGCUGCGCCUGCUUUAGCCCUGACGGUAGUGUUCUUGUAUCUGGUGGCGACAGUGGAGUCAUCCACUUUUGGCAAAUUCCUGAGCAGCUUCGUUUACGAAACACUGGGUUGGAGUCGUAG